ACGCUUUCAUCAGUUCAAAACAGACGAAGGAGAGUUACUGGAGAAUCGAGAAGAGAAGAAAGAACCGGUAGAGCGACUCAGUGAGCUGAGAACUAAAUAAUGGGAAGUAGUGAACCGACUCGGAUAAUGAUAGGAGUGAACGAGUCAACAAUAAAAGGAUAUCCACAUCCAUCUAUAAGUAGCAAAGGAGCAUUUGAUUGGACACUUUCAAAGAUCGUACGCUCUAAUACGAGUGCUUUUAAGCUUCUCUUUCUCCAUGUCCAAGUUCCUGAUGAAGACGGCUUUCAUGAUAUGGAUAGCAUUUAUGCAUCUCCUGAUGAUUUUAAAUCCAUGAAGCAGAGGGACAAGGUGCAAGGACUUCAUCUGCUGGAGUACUUCGUUAAUAGAUGUCAUCAGAUUGGGGUUGUUUGUGAAGCAUGGAUCAAGAGAGGUGAUCCCAAGGAAGUAAUCUGCCAUGAAGUGAAAAGAGUCCAGCCAGAUCUCCUGGUUCUGGGAAGUCGGGGUCUUGGUCCUUUCCAGAGGGUUUUUGUUGGAACUGUGAGCGAAUUUUGUCAGAAGCAUGCUGAGUGCCCUGUUAUCUCAAUCAAACGUAGAGCCGAGGAAAUUCCUCAGGAUCCUGUUGAUGACUGACUUUGUCAUUCUCAGAAUGACCUUUUCCUUUUUUAUUGAUAAACUCCGUGAAAGGUCAUUUGUGUUGAUAAACUCUGACUCUAGGAAUGGUAUGCUCGGUGUUGAUGUGGGAAAACUAGAUGGAUUUGUUAACAAAUGUUAUAUUUCUUCUUUGGUGCACUCUGCUGUUUGUGAAGAAACACGGACUUUGCCUGUUUGUUGGAAAUAUAAUUUGCUCAAAUGUUUCCUGGGCACUUCCUGUA